UGGGUAUGAGUUGCCUGCCCGUCUGGAAAUUGCGACACUUGAAUCAAACGAUCAGACAUUUGCCUUGGCGGGUGUGUGUUGCAACAAGCAAUGAUGUCUUCCUGAGGAGCGGAGAGAGAGAGAGCCUCCUCGAUCAAUUCGAACGCUUAUCUCGGCGAGAUCGCUCGGGAGGAAGUCGCUUAAUCGAAUCGGACUCCCCCAUUAAAUCCACGAGGCGGUGGCCGUUCGCAACAGUUCGAAUUUGAUUCUUCCUUAAACUCAGCGAGUAUCCGCGCGACAGUUCGCUGAGCUUUUGUUCGGAGCUGUUACGCCGCGAAAGGUGCGCGCGACAGCUCGUUGUUUUAUUCGGCGCCACUUUGCCCGCCGGAUAAAAUUCCGUUGCUUAAACCCCCGCUUAAUCUCCCGUUUAAUCUCAUAAUGAAAAGAUGUCAUUCCGGGAGCGAGUUUCAAAGCGAACGCGGGAUAAAGAGCAUUUCGCAUUCGUCCCGGCGCGUCCGUCCGGGCUUACCUUAAAAACCGGCGGACGAUGCAUUCGGGUCAACUCUGUGAACGACAGAAACUCCGCAAUAUUUUCCGCGAGUCUCUCUGUGAAAUAUCUCCGUCCGCUGCCUCUUUAUUUUCUACUCAACGACCGAAACAGCGACGCCAAAUACCUGAUCCGCGUUAGAACGAACGAUUAUUGGAAGUCUCCGCUCUAGCCGGGAAGCGUUUCCCUCGGUUCUCCUUAUAAAUCGCGAGUAUCUCGCGGAAUCGUGUCGAGCCGAGGCAUCGCCGUCCCGUAUCGCGAUAUUGGUGACUUUUGCGGAAUAACGAAUCGCAUAAUAAGCGCGGACGCGGUAAAACACGACGCGGAACGCGCGAUCACGCUCCUAGGAAGAUUGGCGGGCAAAUGUGGCUUAAUAAAGGAUGUACUUUUCAAGAGUGAAGGCUGAAAAUCCGUAAUGGCGGUAAUUUCCCGCGGAGCGGGGAGCGAAAUCGCGGGAAUUAACGUUGCACCAUGUGUCUUGAUUUUGCUUUAAGAAGGAGGUCAAAGAGCGCGCGCGCCGCCAGCCAACCUGCUUCCCUACCUCGUCGAAGAACCGGGUUUUCCCAGGUCGAAGGACAACCGCUCGAAGGAGCGGAACCGGCCUCAAGAUCCGACCAGAUCCACCCACGUAACUGCAUAAUAACGUUACGCUUGUAAGCCAACAGGCGCGCGAUGUAAUUUCAACGUGGACGCGAAUAUAAAUCUGGCGUCUGCGCAUGUAUUACACACCGAUGUGUUAACAACUUUUAUGAAAGUUGCAACAAUAACUGCCGUUGCGCGCGUCACGCGCGCGCGGAAUUGAUUUUUUCAAGUAUGACCUGAAAAAUCAUCCGUCGCUCUUUUUCUUUUUUCUCUUCUUUUCUUUACGUUUCCAGCAUUCCUUCAACGUGCCUCCGACGUUACAUCACGCGCGUAAAAGUCGAGGUAAUACUCCUCGGCGGGAGGUGGAAAAGUAAAAAGGUAUUCAUUCGAAGGAAGGAACACGGCGUUCCUUUAUAACGCGCAUAUUUUACGGCGCCUCUAAACGGAAUCACGGCCAUCGCGUGGGAUCUUGAAGGAAAAAAUAGCGACUCCACCGUUCGCGAUUUUUCACCACUCUAGACGUGAAAAUCGCGGGUCUCACCGAUAUUCUUGCGUUUUUCCGCACGGGAUUCGCCGGGAAUGAUUAGCGGCGUUUCUCUCUCUCUCUCUCUCUCUUUGCUUUUCUCUCGGUUUUACAAAGUGCAGUCGCGUUUUCAGGGUUCGCAUGGAAGCAAACAAAGGAGGCAAACAGUCCAUUGAUCGCGGAUGAUAAUCGUCCAAAAGGACCUCGAAGUGUAACGGUGCGUUCACCUUCUCGCCGAUUCAUAUAUAAAGGCGGGAUUCACUUUCACUCUCGUUUAGUCGGCUUCGGGUGUUAUGCGCGUCCGUACAUCCUCCUUUUCGGGCAACGACGACCGAGACGUAUCGCACCGGAAAUCACGAAUCUCGCGACGGUAACAAUGCGAGCAGCCCUUUUUAUAUUCUGCGUCGUGGUCGCGACGGCGUCCGGCGAAAAGGACGAGCCUUGGACGUGGAACGACGAUAAGCAGAAGACGAGCAAGGCAGAAGUCGGCGAGGCAAGGUAUCAAGUAUACGAGCCCGAUUUCGACGGCAUCAAUAACGGGGCAGGCUUUAGACCACAUCAUCCGGGCCCUUACGGGCCCAACGGCCGGCCGUUGGUACCGUCGUAUCCAGGCAACAAUGGCGGUAUCCUCGUUGGUCCUGGGGGACCAACCGGAAUACUCGGAAGACCUCCGCGUCUCGAUGGACCAGGUGGACACAACGGUAUCCUGGGCUCGGUGCCGUCAUGGAUCCGGGAGGAUCCCCGUUAUCGCGACUUCGACACUUGCAAGUGCAGAUACAGCUUCAACUGCCCGUCGCCAGGCUUGAAAUUCGGCCACUGCUCGAGGGAGAAGAAGUAUUGCUGCUUCAACAGCAGAAAAUUCCCAGCACUGUCGGGAGGUCAACACUACCCGUCUUACCCCGGCGCGCCGCACAAGUACGGGCCGGGCGGUUUCGCGCCGACGACGAAUUAUUACGACAAUCGGGGACCGCACGGUAAUCCAUACGGCUACCGACAUCCGUCUUUCGGUGACUAUUACUCGGGACCUUAUGGCGGUUAUGGUCAUCGUAAUGAGUUCGAGUCGUUACGGCCAUAUGGCUACGACGCGGAUCCGGACGAUUAUGAGAUCUACGGGAGGUCGUUGGGCAAGAAUCAAACGCAAGCGAGCGAGAAGCUGAGGACGGACGAGUAGGACGAGGAGCAAUGACUGUAGAUAAAAAAUCUCGUCUCGACCGAAUCGUUUCUCGAUCCGCCGUGAAGCUCGAGCGAUCGUUUCGGUCUCGGUGGAGAUGCCAAAGAUACGACAGGGAUAUAUAUCAUACGUACACGUUCGUCGAGUAAUCGUACAUGAUGCACAAUUAGAUGAGACACGACUCGAACACGAACUGUAAUCGCGUCAAUAAUUAAUUCGAGUGUGGAACAACACUCGUACUUUGUCUCAAGCGUCUAAAUUUGUACAAUGUGCACAUCGUUCUUUCUCCAGAGAAACAGAUAUAACCUUCUGACGAGGUCUCGCAGAAAUAAGAAAAUAAAUAAAAAAUAUCUCGAAGGCAACAUCGAAACGUCAGUAUAAUGUGUAACACGUUUCUCACUUUUCUCGCUUUUUAUUUGUGCAAUUCCGAUCGAUUGUACUGUUUCCCGUACAUUCACUCUGUUACCGUUUCUUCGAAACGCUAACGGGUUAUCCCUUAAAAUAAGGAGCCAUUUAAUAAUUACGUCACGCUAAAUUUGGUAUUUUUACUCUCCCCUUCCCUUCCCUUCGACACAAUUUCGUAACAAAGUAUGUGCAAUAUUACGUGACAUGUGGAAUACAUAGAAUGAAAAAAUAGUUUACAACCGUAUUGUGAGUAAUAAUUAUCAGACUGCUACUAUCUUUUU